GCCACUCAGAAUACGCUCUGGCACAGCAAUCUUUUUGUCCUGCAGAGUUUAAUAAGAACCGUUUUGUAUUCGUGGUUGUUUUUCUAUAAUUUUGCGAGACUUUAGCUAACAACGUUUGAGCACCAACCUAAAGUCCAGUGAUUCAGUUUAGAUCCAGACGCGAAACUCUUUGGUCACAUUAAGUUCCAAAGAGAUAAAAGGUUCCAAAGUUCGUUAACAAUUAUUUUUGUGGUGAGAAGAAAACAAAAAAGUUGAAGGGAAAAAAAAGAAGCGGACCCGUUGUUUGUUUGUGGUUUUUGUUAUAAUUAAAAUACAAUAAAUUGUUUAUAAUUUAAAUUGUAAAAAUUAAUUAAGAAAUUAAAAUUUAAGAAGUUUGUAAAAUGUAUGUACCUCUAAUUGUAUUGUUUUUUCAUUCUUUUGUAAAUUAAGUGCUUAAAAAUUAAAAUUGAAACAAAAAUUAAAUUAGAAAAAUAAAAUGUGAACAACGUGGUAAAAUUUUACGUGUAACUUCUUUCCCUCUGUAAAAAUAAUCUUUUUUCUGAAAAAUUUAAUAUUUUUAAAUUCUGUAUGUGAAUUGUUUUGGAAAUAAUUUAAACUUAAAAUAUUCUUCAUAAAAAUAUUGAAUUAAAACACAUAAAUUGGUGAUUUGUUUAAAAGCUGACAUUUCAGUUUUUUUUUCUGGUCAAAAGUCUUCAAUUGUUAAAAGUGCGUCGAGAAAAGAGUGUACUGAAAAUUUACAGUUUUUACUUUUUCUUUACUUAGCAAAGUUUUAAGUUGCAUCCUGGUCUUCCAUAGAGAAAAAAUAUCUUUAAAGAAAGUUAAGUGCAUAAAAAGUGUGUUCUUUUUAACCCUUUCAAAAAUAAAAUAGACUUCAUCGCCAAGAAAAGGAGCUUACAAAAAAUAAAUAAAAUUCAUUCAUCCUGUGAAUAGGCUACUUUUUAUUUAAAGUUUGUGUGGAUUUAUACUAUCGCAGCGUCCUUGAACUUGGAAUUGAUUGUUUUUGGCACCAUCACGACUUGAUAAAAUAUUGCUGAGAAUUUCUUCUUGGUGAUGGACUGGCGAUGUACAAUUUCUACUCACCUGGCAACCAUCAUCUGCGCCAGUCCCAUACAUCACACAUGUGUCAGCUAAACUCAUCUGAUAAUUUUCACAAAAAACAACAACAACAACAACAUGGUCAUCUAUUCAAACAUCAAACAUCAUCAGUAUUUGCAAAAGAUCGUAAUAAUUUCAUUAACUGUGAUAAAAUGUCCGAUCGUGAUCGUGUGACAUGAUCAACGGUCAAUAGAACAAGGAAUCACAUAAGAAACGUAACACCACAUCUCAACCAGCUUAGAUAGUAGUGUUAAUCCCCGUCAUACAAAAUAAAUAUCAUUAUUCAAAUCAAAAGGACGAAAGUCUAAGUCUUAAAAGCAGUCUUCAUCGUCAUUAACGUCGUCUUCGUCAUUGCAUAAGCAAGCAACAAAAAGGUUUAACAAACUGUGUUUUUUGAAAGAGUGAAAAGGAAAAGAAAACUCAUUUUACCCACCUACGUCCACGCCCACAUAUCCUUAGCUUAAUAUUCUAAUCAACAAAUCCACACGAACCUCCUUAAAACUUAAUCAUAACUUAUGUUGGCUUUUAAACUAAUCGCCGCAUUCAAAGUGAACUAAGAAUGAAUAAUGCAAACACAGAGGUCUACUGGGAAUUAGCAGCUGUCGUGCCACCGCCUAUUGACAAUUUUACCACCACAGCAUUCAAUUAUACCGCAGCAGCAGCCUCCGCAGCCGCCGCAGCAGCCGCCAACGCCGCAGGACAUUCGAAUCACACGCCAUUGUCCUCUCUAAUAACGUACAACCUCAGUGAAGAGCAGCUUAUAAACAGCUAUUUCAAUGGCUAUCUCACAACAGACGCCAACCUCAACUACUCGCUGGGCCAAACGCCACAGCCCGAUUUGUGGGAGUCCCUCGAAGCCCUGCCCAACGACCGUGUCAGUUUGCUGUCGUUUUUGUUCCUAUUCUCGUUUGCGACCGUCUUCGGCAACUCGCUCGUGAUCCUAGCCGUUAUAAGGGAACGGUAUCUCCAUACGGCAACCAACUACUUCAUAACUUCAUUGGCUGUGGCCGACUGCUUGGUCGGCCUGGUGGUGAUGCCGUUUUCCGCACUCUACGAAGUCCUCGAGAAUACGUGGUUUUUCGGGACGGACUGGUGCGACAUCUGGCGAUCACUGGACGUGCUCUUUAGCACGGCGUCAAUUCUUAAUCUGUGUGUAAUUUCGCUGGACCGCUAUUGGGCCAUCACAGAUCCGUUCUCCUAUCCCAUGAGGAUGACGGUGAAACGCGCUGCCGGACUUAUCUGCGCUGUGUGGGUUUGCUCGGGGGCUAUAAGCUUCCCAGCGAUCGUGUGGUGGCGAGCGGCCCGAGACGGCGAAAUGCCUGCCUUUAAAUGUACAUUCACCGAGCACCUAGGCUACUUAGUAUUCUCCUCCACAAUUUCGUUCUAUUUUCCGUUAUUAGUUAUGGUUUUUACAUAUUGCCGUAUUUAUCGUGCUGCCGUUAUACAAACACGGUCACUGAAGAUCGGCACCAAACAAGUCCUAAUGGCAUCAGGGGAAUUGCAACUAACGCUUCGUAUUCAUCGCGGCGGCACCACCCGAGAAACCACAACCUCGUCACAUCAUCCGGUCGUCCAUCACGGAAGUACGGGCGGUGGUGGUGGCCUUGGUGUUGGCGUGGGCGGUCUAGGUGCCAGCCAUAACCAUCAUCAUCACAAUCAUAGUGCGUCGGGUACGACGACAUCAACGCCCGAAGAGCCAGAAGACGAACCGUUGUCAGCACUGCAUAAUAAUGGCCUAGCCCGUCACCGGCACAUGGGCAAGAACUUCUCGCUGUCACGGAAGCUGGCGAAGUUCGCCAAAGAGAAAAAGGCUGCAAAGACGCUCGGAAUUGUGAUGGGCGUUUUUAUUGUUUGUUGGCUGCCAUUUUUUGUGGUCAACUUGUUGUCCGGUUUUUGUAUAGAAUGUAUAGAGCACGAGGAGAUCGUGUCGGCGGUAGUAACGUGGCUGGGUUGGAUAAACUCGUGCAUGAAUCCGGUGAUAUAUGCCUGUUGGAGUCGAGACUUUCGAAGAGCAUUUGUGCGAUUACUCUGCAUGUGUUGCCCGCGGAAGAUUCGAAGAAAAUAUCAACCAACUAUGCGCUCAAAAUCACAGUGUCACGUUGCAGCAGCAAUGGUGGCAGCAUCCACUUCCUUUGGAUAUUCGUCUGUUAAUCAAUUGGAUGGUGGCAAUCGAGGGAUGAUGUGACGACAGCUUAGCAGUUGCAGCUCUUGUAGUGGGAGCAGCAACUGCGGCCGCAACGGUCUAGGCCAGCAACAACAUCACCCGCAUCAGCAGCAGCAGCAGCACCGUGAAAGAUCAUGUACACGAUGCCAAAGUUUCCAUCGCCAUCAUCAUCGGCAGAGACGCCGCAGCAGUAGCAAUCAGUUUAGGGGCUCCUUUUCGACGACAGCCAGUGCAAAUUCCAGCUGCUCCCCAAUGGCGAUGACAACAAAAGCCAUUGUUAGUAUUCCAGUGGUGGCCAAGAGUAAUGGCAAGUCAGUGUGUGCUAAUGUGCCUCUGGCUAAGCAUUGUACGUUUGCGGCCAUUGCUACAGCAAUUCCGCCUCCACCCAUUUCAUCAACAUCCGGCAAUGGCAAUGGCAGCGGCAGCGGAAGUCAUGUGUCCUUUAUGGCAACGAAUCGUUAUCGCCCGAGGUUGCAACAACAACAACAACAACAACAGCAGCUGCAACAGCAAUUGCCAAAAACUCGAGUAACCAGCAGUAGUUGUCUUACGCUUACUGCCACUACUCCGCCACCAUUGUGCGAAGUGCCAAAUGUCAAAGCCUCUCGUUCGCAUCAGUCCCUCGAGUUGCGGGAAAGUCUGCAGAGUCAAAUUAGCACCGAGAGCAGUGAAGAAGAUUCAUCUAUGAUGGCUGUUAUUGGAUGAAUCAAUGGAAACGCUUUCCUUCGCUCCAACAAUAUUUAUUGUCACCAACAAACACAAUCAUCAUCGCGAGAGACAAUAAACUCAGAACAUUUUCUAAUUUAGAAACGUACACACCACAAACACCCCCCCAGACCUCUUUUCUUUCCACAUUUUGAUGGGUUGAAGUCUUUUUGGGCGGUGUGGGGGGUAUGUGUCUCUUAAGUGCAUAACAACUCUUUGCUCCUUUCUACAAUUGUAUAACAACUUUUAACUUUCAACAUUGCCGCAUGGCUUUCAAACUUAAUUACGUUAUUUUUCUUCUCUCUUAAAUAUUUGUGUAAACUUUAAUAUUGAAAGAUAUUUUAAUUAAAUUUAAUUUUCAGAUAAUAAAUAUUUAUUUUUUGUUAUAGAUUUUUGUUUAUAACAUUGUUGAUUAAUUUUAGUAUUUGUUAGAAUCUUAAAUAGUUUUAAAAUUAUUGUUAAUUUUUUUUUGUUGAAAAUUUAAUUAUUAUUAUUUUUAGUGAUUUCUUUUUUAUUUGCAUAAGAAAAUAAUAUUUUUGAAGUCAGCUUAUCUGUGAAUAAAAUAAACUACGAUAUUU